UUAAGUACUCGUUAAGCAAUUUCGUGAUUGCAAGCCAGGCGAAGAGCAUGCUAUUUGUGGAAAUGACAAUGUGCUUCAUUCAGAAAAAAAAAAAAGAUUUGCUUAGUAAGCAUCAAGAGUCGAAGUGAAGAUAGCGUCAUGCUGAAUGAAAUAUUAAUUUAGUGCUGCAUUUUUUAUUUACUACUGCAGCACAAUGUUGGUUCAGCCAUUAGUCUCUCUGACUAACCAUCGUAAUGCCAUUAGAACAUAUUACAGCAGCUGCUUACUAGAAGGAAUUAAGCAUUAGCCAUUCUUAAGGGAAGACAAUACCGAUUCACACUUCUGUAGGUCACAAGAAGACAGUGUAGUAUCACCAGAGAAGUUCUCCACUGUAGCCCCAAACAUUAGGGCACACCAACAAAGACUCUGGAUGAUUCCGUCCGCUGUGCCAACUUUUUCAAGCCUAAUGAGAGCCAAGCUCAGCUUAUUGCGAUGCAGGCUCGGAGUGUCCCUUUGUGACACGCCGGUGGCUCACACAUGGAGAGCCGGAGCAUCAGAGGGAGGAAGGAUGCUGGAAGUCGAGGUGGGAAGUUCCCAGGAUCCCUCCGGAGGAGCGGCUCCUUUAAGCGCACCUCCAUCAAGCGGACGGCAUCGGGGUCACAGAAGGGCCAGAAGGCUUGGAUAGAGAAGACUUUUCAAAAAAGAGAAUGUAUUCAAGUUUUUCCUAACAACAAAGACCCAAAUAGAUGCUGCUGUGGCCUUCUAAUCAGUCAACACCUGGCCGUCCUCCCUGGGUCUGUAUCAAGCAAGGGCGCGGAGGAGAGCAACCAGCUCGUGCCGGCUGACCCCCAGGCAGAGAAAUGGUCUGUCAGCAAACACACACAAGCCACCUCCACCGACGCCUACGGUAUCAUCGAGUUCCAGGGAGGAGGCCAUUCCAACAAGGCCAUGUAUAUCAGGGUAUCCUAUGACUCUAAGCCUGACAACCUGCUUCACCUGAUGGUGAAGGACUGGCAGCUGGAGCUGCCCACCCUCCUCAUUUCGGUCCAUGGGGGCCUUCAGAACUUCGACCUGCAGCCCAAACUCAAGCAGGUGUUCGGGAAAGGCCUGAUCAAAGCUGCCAUGACAACGGGCGCCUGGAUUUUCACCAGCGGAGUCAGCACGGGGGUGAUACGUCACGUUGGAGAUGCCUUGAAAGACCACUGCUCGAAGUCCAGAGGGAAAAUCUGUGCCAUAGGAAUAGCACCCUGGGGGAUAGUGGAAAACAAAGAGGACCUCAUUGGGAGAGAUGUAACAAGACCCUAUCAGACGAUGUCCAAUCCCCUGAGCAAGCUGUCGGUGCUCAACAGCAGCCACUCGCACUUCAUCCUGGCUGACAACGGCACUUAUGGGAAAUACGGGGCUGAGGUCAAGCUGCGACGUCAGCUGGAGAAGCACAUCUCUCUGCAGAAAAUCAACACUCGUCUGGGCCAGGGGGUCCCAGUGGUGUGUCUGAUCGUGGAAGGGGGUCCUAACGUCAUCUCCAUUGUGCUGGAGAGCUUGCGCGAGGAACCCCCUGUGCCGGUGGUGGUCUGUGAUGGGAGUGGACGGGCUUCCGAUAUCAUCUCAUUCGCACAUAAGUACUCAGAGGAAGGAGGAAUUAUAAGUGACAGUCUGAGGGAUCAGCUCCUGGUGACCAUCCAGAAAACCUUCAACCACAGUAGGAACCAAGCGCAGCAUUUUUUCCUGAUGCUAAUGGAGUGCAUGAAGAAGAAAGAACUUAUUACAGUGUUUAGGAUGGGGUCCGAAGGACAGCAAGAUAUUGAGAUGGCCAUACUGACCGCUUUGCUAAAAGGAACAAACGCAUCAGCUCCUGACCAGCUGAGCCUGGCUCUGGCCUGGAACAGAGUGGAUAUUGCACGCAGUCAGAUAUUUGUAUAUGGACACCACUGGCCACCGCUCACCAGCCUGGGGGCCGCGGACGCGUCGUCCCAAGACAGGGACAAGAGCCCGGCUGUCAGCACACGCACCACCCGGAGCAAGGGCAGGGCGAAGGGCAAGAGGAGAGCGGGGAAAGGCAAAGACGAGCCGGAGGAAGAAACCGAUCCCAGAAAGUUAGAAUUGCUGAACUGGGUGAACGCCCUCGAGCAGGCCAUGAUGGAUGCCCUUGUUUUAGACCGGGUGGACUUCGUGAAGCUGCUGAUCGAGAACGGAGUGAACAUGCACCACUUUCUCACCAUCCCCCGGCUGGAAGAGCUCUACAACACCAGAUUAGGGCCUGCUAACACAUUACAUUUUCUGGUCAGGGAUGUUAAAAAGGGAAACCUUCCCCCAGAUUACCACAUCAGUCUGAUUGACAUUGGUCUGAUUCUGGAGUACCUCAUGGGUGGGGCCUACCGCUGCCAUUACACCAGGAAGAGCUUCCGCACACUGUACAACAACCUGUUCGGCCCAAAGAGGCUAAAAGCUCUUAAACUACUAGGAAUGGAGGACGACGAGCCGCCUUCCAAGGGCAAGAAAAACAAAAAGAAGAAAAAGAAGGAGGAAGAGGUGGACAUUGACGUGGAUGACCCGGAGGUCAGCCGCUUCCAGUACCCAUUCCACGAGCUCAUGGUCUGGGCUGUGCUGAUGAAGCGCCAGAAGAUGGCGCUCUUCCUGUGGCAGCGGGGUGAGGAGGCCAUGGCCAAGGCUCUGGUGGCUUGUAAACUGUACAAGUCCAUGGCCCACGAGUCCUCAGAGAGCGAGAUGGUGGACGACAUCUCUCAAGAUUUGGACAACCACUCCAAGGAGUUUGGUCAGCUGGCCUACGAGCUGUUGGACCAAUCUUACAAGCAUGAUGAGCAGGUGGCCAUGAAGCUGCUGACCUAUGAGCUGAAGAACUGGAGUAACUCCACGUGCCUGAAGCUGGCUGUGGCAGCCAAGCACCGCGACUUCAUUGCACACACCUGCAGCCAGAUGCUGCUCACGGACAUGUGGAUGGGCUGCCUGAGGAUGCGCAAGAACCCUGGCCUUAAGGUUAUUUCGGGAAUCAUUUUCCCUCCCACCAUUUUGUUCCUGGAGUUUCGCAUGAAUGAGGACCUGUCCUGUCAGACGUCAGGGGACAAUGAGGAUGGGAAGGACAAGGAAGAGGAAAACACGGUUAACAAGGAUGGCAAUCUUGACUCAGCUUCCAAGAAAGGAGAUGAAGAGGAUGGGAAUAAAAAGCAGAGGAGAGUUCCUAUCGGCAUGAAGAUUUAUGAGUUCUACAAUGCACCUUUCACCAAGUUUUGGUUCUACACUAUUUCCUACCUUCUGUAUCUGAUGCUUUUCAACUACGUCAUCCUAGUUAAGAUGGAGCGCUGGCCCUCACUGCAGGAAUGGAUUGUGAUCUCCUACAUCCUCACCUUGGCUUUAGAGAAAGUUAGAGAGAUCCUGAUGUCAGAACCAGGCAAGCUGAAGCAGAAGAUCAACGUGUGGCUGCAGGAGUACUGGAACAUCACUGACAUGGUGGCCAUAUCAGUGUUUCUGAUGGGCCUUCUCCUUCGGCUGCAGAAUCAGCCCUACAUGGGCUACGGUCGGGUCAUCUACUGCGUGGACAUCAUCUUCUGGUACAUUCGCGUGCUCGACAUCUUCGGCGUGAACAAGUACCUAGGGCCAUACGUUAUGAUGAUUGGGAAAAUGAUGAUCGACAUGCUGUACUUCGUGGUGAUCAUGCUGGUGGUGCUGAUGAGCUUCGGAGUGGCGCGCCAGGCCAUCCUCCACCCCGACGAGGAGCCCACCUGGCGGCUGGCCCGCAACAUCUUUUACAUGCCCUACUGGAUGAUCUACGGAGAGGUGUUUGCGGAUCAGAUAGACCUCUACGCAAUGGAAAUUAACCCUCCCUGUGGCGAUAACUUGUACGAUGAAGAUGGGAAGAAGCUGCCUCCCUGUAUCCCUGGUGCUUGGCUCACUCCUGCCAUCAUGGCCUGUUAUUUGCUGGUGGCUAACAUCCUGCUUGUGAACUUACUCAUUGCAGUCUUCAACAACACUUUCUUCGAAGUGAAGUCCAUCUCCAACCAGGUGUGGAAGUUCCAGCGUUAUCAGCUGAUCAUGACCUUCCACGACCGUCCUGUCCUCCCUCCCCCGCUCAUUAUUUUCAGCCACAUCUACAUCAUCCUGAAGCGCCUCUGCUGCCGCUGCAGGAAAAGACACGAGGGGGACCUGGACGAGCGAGACCGAGGCCUGAAGCUGAUCCUGAGCGAAGAGGAGCUCAAGAAGCUUCACGAGUUUGAAGAGCAGUGUGUGGAGGAAUACUUCCAGGAGAAAGAGGAUGAGCAGCUGUCAUCUAAUGAUGAGCGCAUUAGAGUGACGUCAGAAAGAGUUGAAAACAUGUCGAUGCGACUGGAGGAAGUCAACGAGAGGGAGCAUUUCAUGAAGGCCUCCCUGCAGACGGUGGACCUCCGCCUGGCCCAGCUGGAGGAGUUCUCCGGGCGGAUGGUGAACGCGCUGGAGAAGCUGGCCGGGGUCGACAAGUCGGAGCUGACCCACGCGCGCUCCCGGGCCUCCUCCGAGUGCGACCCCACCUUCCUCCUCAGGCAGAGCAGCGUCAACAGCUCGGACGGCUACAGCAUCUACCGGUACCACCUAGAUGGGGACGACCACUCGUGGGACGAUGCCGGCUCUUCCCUCUCGCCAGGAGUGCAGAGGAGGCACUGCAAAGCCAAGGAAGAGAAGGAGGCUGGGGAGAGAAAGAAGCAGCUCACUCCUGAAUGCCAAGGCGGCUAUUUCCAUUCCUCCAGUACCAGUGCAGUGACCACAAAGGACUGUGGCCAGGUCACAGAUGUUGCCCCGGAUCCCAGACACCCGGGUUCCUGUGUGGACAUCUUAAUUUCUUCAAGUGAUCAGAAAACCCAGCUAGAAGCAGACAGUUCUGAUCCUCACAGACACACAAGACGUCCAGAACCCACAGCCAACGGCCAGGCUGCUGUCCGCGGAGUGCUGGGAGAUAGGGGCUUGACAGUGGAAAGAGCAAAACUGGAGGCUGCCAUCUCUUACCCUCUGGAAAGAUCCAAAGCCUUGCGGUACUAUCCCUCACAAACUUUUAGUACGUCUCCCUCCUCUGCCACGAAGUCCAGAAGUAGUUUCAUAUUUCCUCCGGCCACGGGUGAAAAUGUACCCGGAGACGAAGGGAUCUGGGGCCGGGACUGCAGCUCUCUUAUGGACCAGGUGACCAAGUCUCCAGCGGGACCGUGGACGGCUUGUUUUGAGCCUCAGGCUCAGCCAGGCCUCCUUGGCCCGUCUCCCUGGCUCUCCAUCACGAAGCCGCCGGCUCGCGACAAUCGCGGGAUCCCCCUUUCGGAAGCCGAGAGGCAGGCUGAGAUAAAGCAGCAGGCUGUGGGCACAGAGGAGGAGAACGAGCCCUGCCCAGCGGAGGAGGGCAGAACGGACAUGGACCACUUGUUUGUGGCUGAGGACAGGAUGUAUCCCUCUCUCAGGUCGAAGAGUUUAAAUGCCAACCCCAGGAAGAUGAAAACCAGGGGAGACAGCGCAGAGAAGCUCCGCGCAGCCAGCAGUGUCAAAGACAUCGUGACAGCAUGUAGCACCAUGGAGGAGGAGGGCAAUACCGAGACACCGAUGGAGGAAGGAUUGAAGAAGUCAGCUGAAACCGAUUGUUGAUGGUCUCACGUGCUUCAAAAGGGAUGUGUGAACACUAGUGUUAAAGCAUAUUUCAUACCUAGUCCAUGACGUACAGGGGUGAAUCAAAGGCAGUAUUUGCCAUGCAUUCUCCAACCAAUUCUGUACAGUACAUUGCCAGUGAAAAUGAAUUAAUGCCAAGUGAAGAAUGAAGGUGAGAAAAAAGGACCAGGGAUUUAGUAGUGUUAAUUAAUUGUGAGAAACUUAUUGUAAGACUGACACUUCAGAAAUGGAACAAUGUUACGCUCAUAUAUUAUUUUUGUUCUUAUCAAUAGUCAUAUUUGAAUGGUUUUAAUAUCCAUUCUCUUCCAGGACUUAAAAAUAAAAGGUUUUCUGGACUCUUAA